CUCCAGGUAGGAGCCCCUACAUCACCUCUGCAUCUGACAAGCUGGUGACCAAGAUGCCCAGAGCCUAGUUCCCAUGUUUGUGCGUCACAGUCAUCAGACACGGCAAGCCUCCAGUCUUCCUGACCUGUUGCUUAGGGACACAACCCAUCACUGUUCCUGACGUCUGCCUGGUCAACCUUGACUUCCUUAGAGAAUAAGGAAGGGGGCGGGAACACAUGAAAUCAUGCCACCCAAGGCCGAACGGCAAUGAGCAGGUGACGUCAAGUUGACGUCAAAGACAGAGGCGACAGAAACUCUGCAGCCGGUUCUUGCCCGGAGUAGCUCAGGUUCCUGUGGGAGUCGUCUUGGCUUGGAGGUCUUCUGAAGGACACAGAUACCAUGGAAGAGCACACGUUUGGGGUCCAGCAGAUCCAACCCAACGUCAUUUCUGUCCGUCUCUUCAAACGCAAAGUGGGAGGUCUGGGCUUCCUGGUGAAGGAACGGGUCAGCAAGCCCCCGGUGAUCAUCUCAGAUCUGAUCCGAGGAGGUGCCGCGGAGCAGAGCGGCCUUAUCCAAGCCGGCGACAUCAUUCUCGCCGUCAAUGAUCGGCCCCUGGUAGACCUCAGCUAUGACAGCGCUCUGGAAGUUCUCAGGGGCAUUGCCUCUGAGACCCAUGUGGUCCUCAUUCUGAGAGGCCCUGAGGGCUUUACUACACACCUGGAGACCACCUUCACAGGGGAUGGAACCCCCAAGACCAUCCGUGUGACCCAGCCCCUGGGGACACCCACCAAAGCUGUCGAUCUGUCUCGCCAGCCAUCAGCCAGCAAAGACCAGCCAUUAGCAGUAGACAGGGUCCCAGGUCCCAGUAACGGACCUCAGCAUGCCCAAGGCCGUGGACAGGGAGCCGGCUCAGUCUCCCAGGCUAAUGGUGUGGCCAUUGACCCCACAAUGAAAAAUACCAAGGCCAACCUCCAGGACAGCGGAGAACAGGAUGAACUGCUCAAAGAGAUAGAACCUGUGUUGAGCAUCCUCACCGGUGGGGGAAAAGCAGUCAACAGAGGGGGACCAGCCAAAGCAGAGAUGAAAGACACAGGAAUCCAGGUGGACAGAGACCUCGACGGCAAACUGCACAAAGCUCCGCCCCUGGGCGGGGAGAAUGAUCGAGUCUUCAAUGAUCUGUGGGGGAAGGGCAACGUCCCUGUGGUCCUCAACAACCCGUAUUCAGAGAACGAACAGUCUCCCGCCUCGGGCAAACAGUCUCCUACCAAGAAUGGCAGUCCUUCCAGGUGCCCUCGCUUCCUUAAGGUCAAGAACUGGGAGACAGAUGUGGUCCUCACUGACACCCUGCACCUGAAGAGCACGCUGGAAACGGGGUGCACAGAGCAGAUCUGCAUGGGCUCCAUCAUGCUGCCAUCCCAUCACAUACGGAAGUCAGAAGAUGUCCGCACCAAGGACCAGCUCUUCCCUCUAGCCAAAGAAUUUCUCGACCAAUACUACUCCUCCAUUAAGAGGUUUGGCUCCAAGGCCCACAUGGACAGGCUGGAGGAGGUGAACAAGGAGAUCGAGAGCACCAGCACCUACCAGCUCAAGGACACGGAGCUCAUCUAUGGCGCCAAGCAUGCCUGGCGGAACGCCUCUCGCUGUGUGGGCAGGAUCCAGUGGUCCAAGCUGCAGGUGUUCGAUGCCCGAGACUGCACCACAGCCCAUGGGAUGUUCAACUACAUCUGUAACCACGUCAAGUACGCCACCAACAAAGGGAACCUCAGGUCGGCCAUCACUAUAUUCCCUCAAAGGACUGAUGGCAAGCAUGACUUCCGAGUGUGGAACUCGCAGCUCAUCCGCUAUGCCGGCUACAAGCAGCCAGAUGGCUCUACCUUGGGCGAUCCAGCUAAUGUGGAGUUCACAGAGAUCUGUAUACAGCAGGGCUGGAAACCCCCAAGAGGCCGGUUCGAUGUGCUGCCUCUCCUGCUCCAGGCCAAUGGCAAUGACCCUGAACUCUUUCAGAUCCCCCCAGAGCUGGUGCUGGAAGUACCCAUCAGGCACCCCAAGUUCGACUGGUUUAAGGACCUGGGGCUCAAAUGGUAUGGCCUCCCCGCUGUGUCCAACAUGCUGCUGGAGAUUGGGGGCCUGGAGUUCAGCGCCUGUCCCUUUAGUGGCUGGUACAUGGGCACGGAGAUUGGCGUUCGUGAUUACUGUGACAACUCUCGAUACAACAUCCUGGAGGAAGUAGCCAAGAAAAUGGAUUUGGACAUGAGGAAGACAUCCUCCCUCUGGAAGGACCAAGCCCUGGUGGAGAUUAACAUUGCUGUCCUAUACAGCUUCCAGAGUGACAAGGUGACCAUUGUGGACCACCACUCUGCCACCGAGUCCUUCAUCAAACACAUGGAGAAUGAGUACCGCUGCAGAGGGGGCUGUCCCGCCGACUGGGUGUGGAUUGUGCCCCCCAUGUCGGGCAGCAUCACCCCUGUCUUCCACCAGGAGAUGCUCAACUACCGGCUCACCCCGUCCUUUGAGUACCAGCCUGAUCCAUGGAACACCCACGUGUGGAAGGGCACCAAUGGGACCCCCACGAAGCGGCGAGCCAUUGGCUUCAAGAAAUUGGCAGAGGCCGUCAAGUUCUCAGCCAAGCUGAUGGGACAGGCCAUGGCCAAGAGAGUCAAAGCGACCAUUCUCUACGCCACCGAGACAGGCAAAUCCCAAGCCUAUGCCAAGACCCUGUGCGAGAUCUUCAAGCAUGCCUUCGAUGCCAAGGCUAUGUCCAUGGAGGAAUAUGACAUCGUGCACCUGGAGCACGAAGCCCUGGUCUUGGUGGUCACCAGCACCUUUGGCAAUGGAGACCCCCCAGAGAAUGGGGAGAAAUUCGGCUGUGCUUUGAUGGAGAUGAGGCACCCCAACUCUGUGCAAGAGGAGAGGAAGAGCUACAAGGUCCGAUUCAACAGCGUCUCCUCCUAUUCUGACUCCCGCAAGUCAUCAGGCGAUGGACCAGACCUCAGAGACAACUUUGAAAGUACUGGACCGCUGGCCAAUGUGAGGUUCUCAGUCUUCGGCCUGGGCUCUCGGGCAUACCCUCACUUCUGUGCCUUUGGGCACGCAGUGGACACUCUCCUGGAGGAGCUGGGCGGGGAGAGGAUUCUGAAGAUGAGGGAGGGAGAUGAGCUCUGCGGACAGGAAGAGGCUUUCAGGACCUGGGCUAAGAAAGUCUUCAAGGCAGCCUGUGAUGUGUUCUGUGUGGGGGAUGACGUCAACAUUGAGAAGGCGAACAAUUCCCUCAUUAGCAAUGACCGCAGCUGGAAGAGGAAUAAAUUCCGCCUCACUUAUGUGGCAGAAGCUCCAGAGCUGACCCAAGGUCUUUCCAAUGUUCACAAAAAGCGAGUCUCAGCCGCCCGACUCCUCAGCCGCCAAAACCUGCAAAGUCCUAAAUCCAGCCGAUCGACCAUCUUCGUGCGUCUCCACACCAACGGGAAUCAGGAGUUGCAGUACCAGCCAGGGGACCACCUGGGUGUCUUCCCUGGCAACCAUGAGGACCUCGUGAAUGCACUCAUUGAACGGCUGGAGGACGCGCCGCCUGCCAACCACGUGGUGAAGGUGGAAAUGCUGGAGGAAAGGAACACGGCUCUGGGUGUCAUCAGUAAUUGGAAGGAUGAAUCUCGCCUCCCACCCUGCACCAUCUUCCAGGCCUUCAAGUACUACCUGGACAUCACCACGCCGCCCACGCCCCUGCAGCUGCAGCAGUUCGCCUCCCUGGCCACCAAUGAGAAAGAGAAGCAGCGGCUGCUGGUCCUCAGCAAGGGGCUUCAGGAAUAUGAGGAAUGGAAAUGGGGCAAGAACCCCACAAUGGUGGAGGUGCUGGAGGAGUUCCCGUCCAUCCAGAUGCCGGCCACACUUCUCCUCACACAGCUGUCGCUGCUACAACCUCGCUACUAUUCCAUCAGCUCCUCUCCAGACAUGUACCCCGACGAGGUGCACCUCACCGUGGCCAUCGUGUCCUACCAUACCCGAGAUGGAGAAGGACCGGUUCACCACGGGGUGUGCUCCUCCUGGCUCAACCGAAUACAGGCUGACGAUGUCGUCCCCUGCUUCGUGAGAGGUGCCCCUAGCUUCCACCUGCCUCGAAACCCCCAGGUGCCUUGCAUCCUGGUUGGCCCAGGCACCGGCAUCGCUCCCUUCCGAAGUUUUUGGCAACAGCGACAAUUUGACAUCCAACACAAAGGAAUGAAUCCGUGCCCCAUGGUUCUGGUCUUCGGGUGUCGACAAUCCAAGAUAGAUCAUAUCUACAGAGAGGAGACCCUGCAGGCCAAGAACAAGGGCGUCUUCAGAGAGCUGUACACUGCCUACUCCCGGGAACCCGACAGGCCAAAGAAAUAUGUACAGGACGUGCUGCAGGAACAGCUGGCCGAGUCUGUGUACCGCGCCCUGAAGGAGCAAGGAGGCCAUAUUUAUGUCUGCGGGGACGUUACCAUGGCCGCUGAUGUCCUCAAAGCCAUCCAGCGCAUAAUGACCCAGCAGGGGAAACUCUCGGAGGAGGAUGCUGGUGUGUUCAUCAGCAGGCUGAGGGAUGACAACCGGUACCACGAGGACAUCUUUGGGGUCACCCUCAGAACAUAUGAAGUGACCAACCGCCUUAGAUCUGAGUCCAUCGCCUUCAUUGAAGAGAGCAAAAAAGACACAGAUGAGGUUUUCAGCUCCUAACUGGAUCCUCCCGCCCCAUGGGAUAUGGGGUGGCUGCCCUGAGUGCCCACGCGAGGGCGGCCGCAAGUUGACUAAACGGGGACACACACGGCUGAACCUUCCCCACGGGACCCCGAGUGGCCCCACCCUGCCUCUUGUCCUGUUGCUAUGUCCUGGUCCUUCUUCCCGCUCUGGGCUUCUCUCAACCCCAACCCUGGGUUUUCUCCUAGACUCUUGGGCUGCGAUGCAUCACCCUUGUUACCCUGCAGUGGCUCUUACAAAACCACUUCCUCCCCACCCGCUUGCUGCCAAGGGGCGGGUUGCGGUGCAUGAAACCGCUGGGUCCUGGCUGUCACUCCUGUUGGGGGUCUGAAGGUGGCUGGCACUGGGCCUCAGGUCACCCUGAGCCAGUCCCGUGGCCACUUCAGCCCUUUUCCAUCCUCUUUUUAUGACGGUGUGUGUGAGAGAGUGGUGGGGCGGGGUGAGAAAUUCUCUGUCCUUUUGUCUACACAUGCGUGCUGACCUUACCUGUGAGUCCACUGCCUUCGUGAAGGAUGCUCCGAGCCAUGAAACAUGUUCCUAGAUGUCGUUAAUCCCACCCACGUCCACCAUGACAGGCCUGUGUCAGCCUCCCUGAAACACAGCAGCCCCCCUUACUAAUCACAGGCACAAAUGGAGAGGAAGGGGUCCCUGUGGAGGACCCAACCACAGAAUCUGAGGUGUUCAGAAUCUGACCCUCUUGGCAGAGAUCUGUCUGGGAAAUUUAACCAGGCAGUGGAUCAGCCAAGCCCCUCCCCAUUCUCACCAACCCCAGCUGGGACCACAGGAUGUUGAGCUGUCUUCCCCAGGCCCAGCAGCCAUGCCCCGCCAAGAAGCAUGCUGGGAGUAAGGUCUUUGCCAUCAAGGGUAUUUGGGUGACAUUUCAAAAUUUGUCCUCAUUAAAUGGAUGGGUGGGCCUUUUUAGUGCUUUGGAGCCUUGGCAGAUGUCAGGGAGGAAUAGGGUAGCUGCUUUUCAUUCCUCCUGCUUGACAAUAAUUCCCUUCCCCCAAAAUGAGCAGUGUAGGCAAGAAAAUUCUAGCCAUGACCAGUGGUCCCUCAGAGCUAACCAUCUCUGAGGCAUUGUGGUGGUCCCUUGUCUGAUAAAUAAAUAAUGAAUAAAUAAAAGUUAUAUCAGACAGUACUGACAGACAAUAAAGAAACCCCCCCCCCAGGGUGCCCAGGUUAAGUCCCAUGUUCUGUGCUCCUGUUUGGUUUUGGGAGGCAGGAAAAAAUCAAAACACAACACAACCAUUUCCUCUAUGUCCUGAGCUGGGACCUGCUGUCCUAAUGCUAAGGAUGAGGGCUGUCAAACAGAAAAUGCUGAAGACUUUACAGCUGUGGGGUCCAAAACCCUAAGGGCUCCAAUCCCACCCACAUUCUUUCUCGGUCUUUGUCUCUCUUUCUUCCUUUCCUUUCUAUUUCCCCCAGGGUCUCCUGUUAACCAGGCUGACUUCGAACUCACAACCUUUAAUUUCUAACCCUACCACAUCACAUCCAGUUUAUGAUUUUUCCAGAGGCUCAAAGCCAGAACCUCCUGCAUGUUGGACAAGCACUCUACCAACUGAGCUACAUCCCCAGCCUUCAGUCCCCACCCCCGAGUCCAGAGACAGGUCUCAUGUGACACUGGACAACCCUGCCAUCACUAGCAUGUGAACCUGGUCCUAGUUGGAAACUCACCCAGCCUACCUUAGUACUAGUGUUUCCUACUUGAUCUCCCAUGCCUGUGGAGACUAAGCCCCCACUACCCCAGAGCUAUCUUCUGUAGCCCAAAGGCAAGGCAGUGACCUCCUACUGACUUCCAACACAAUCCAGGGACAUUCUUCUCAACCCUUCAAACUUCUGGUGACACUUAAGAUGUAGCUGAUUCCCCUCAUCCGAACUGCUGUGUCCAACCUCCAUUGAAGAGCCUUUUCUCCCUCCCUCUCCCUCUGCAAGCCAAGCUGCAUGCACCCAUGCAUGAGUGGUUCUUGCACCCCUGAAUGAGGAAUGCUUCCUCUGUGACAGGCUCCUCCCCACCCCCGGAUAUCCCGGUGCUGCCAGUAGUGAGUGGACAGAUGGAAGAAGCACCGUGUCAUUUGCCAGAGUACAAAGACACGAUUACAUAACCAGGUUCAAGGGGGACUUCUGCUUAUCAGUGCUAGGGAUGGGACCCAGGACCUCACCCACGCCAGGCUGAGCUAUGUCCCCAACCCCCAAGACAGAAUAUUUUAAAAACACAUUUGAACUCUUGACACUUCCAGCUCCCUCAGCUCCUGGCUAGAAGGCUGGAGAUCAGUUGGAUAUCCUCUCUCCUUUUUGAAAACGCCCCUAAGUAGUUUAUCCAAAAAAAAAAAAAAAAAACGAAGCAAGGUGGCCAUCUGGGGUGAGUCGAUACUGCCCUCUGCUGGUUGUUUCUAGUUCAAGCCCACAGCCAGCAACAAGCAACAAAGUGUCUUAGAAUAGGACUGGUUUUGUUUACCUCACCUAUGAGGUUGGCAGUAGCUCCCAACCCAUUUCACAAGAGGAGGUUUGACCAUUACGCUCUCAGCUAUUCCUGCAGCCAUGGUCCCCAAGAAGUUUAGCCUAUGGGAGAAGAGAGGGUUUCCCUACAUAUCCCCAGAGAAAUCAGGUGACUUUUUCCCGGAGAUGGGGGUGGGGGAUGUUUAGGUCCCACUAUGAUGCAAGCAGCCAUGACCCACAUUCUGUUGCUGCCUCGUUUAUGCAGAAGGUCUGAUUCCAGAUCGUACCUAAGCAAGACAAUGCUCCAAGACUGUACCAAGCCAAGCUCUGAUAAGCUUCCAUCUUCCAUGGCUGGUAGACUGAACUGUCCCAGAAUCACUAGCUUGAGGUAGAGGAGGGGAGGGCAGAGUCACGGAUUCUUAAGCUAAGUGGGCAAGACCUGGUACCGGGUCUGUGGUAGAGAGUAAAGACCAAGGGAGUAGAGAGAUCCCAGCCCUGGGAGGAGAAGGAAGUUGGGUCAGGCCUCGGUACAAAGGGAAAACACUGAAUUGGCCCCAAAACACAGGAGCAAGCGUGUGGAUUUCCAUUGCAGAGCCCCUGUUUCAGGAUGCAAGAGUUUUCCAGCCCAAGGCAAAAUGGAAGAUUGCUGACCCAACCACAAACCCAUCCCUGCGGAGUCUCUCUCUCUCUCUCUCUCUCUCUCUCUCUCUCUCUCUCUCUCUCUCUCUCUCUCUCUCUCUCUCUCUCUCACACACACACACACACUCACACACACACACACACACACACACAUACACACACAGCCUUUCACUGGAAGCCAUGGGCUUCCAGGUUAAGUUCAGCCAAGGGACCCAAUGCAGACAUCCUUCGUGGACAGGGUUCAGCCUUGGGAGGCCAGGCUGGCUGGCUCACUCUCUUUCUCAUUCACUGCCAGACCCCACAUGGAGAGGCACCCAAAAGGAGAAGUUGACCAUUCCAUGUCUCAAGUAUGAGGACCCAGGGACCCCAGGGAAUCUGUUUUCUAUUUACAAGUCUGACAUCUUAAUCCCCACUGCCAAAAUGCUCCGAAAUCUAAAACGUGUUGAGCACCAACAGGAUACCACAAGUAAAAACUUUAGUUAGUUCAUCUACAAAAGUAUUCAAAAGAAUACAUAGACUGGACACGAAGCUCAAAGGUAGAGUUCGCCUAGCAUGCAUACGAAGCCUGGAUCCCAUAUCCCAGCAGGGCAAACCAAUUGCCUCAGGCUAUCUGUGUAAGGUGUCUAUGUGAAACCUAAAUGAAUUUCAUGAUUAGAGGUGCUCCCACCUGCCAAAUAAUCCCGCCACAAAUAUGCAAAUAUUGCAAAAUCAAAAAUAAUUCUGAAAUUAUUCUGAAACACUUCUUGUCACAAGAAUUUCAGCAAAGUACAGUCAACCUAUCAGAGAGACAAGGGUGAUGCCCCGGUGAGUGUGUCUCAGCUGUGUUUAUGAAUUUGUUUGGUUCACACAUAUCUGAGUGGUAUGGAUAACUGGGCAUCUCUAACCCAGGGCAAUCAGUAAGAACUAAUAACCUGUGUCUCCUAGACGAGUCAGGAUGGGAACUGACCUCUAGGAGAUUCUAGUCAGGAGCCCACUAACCUGGGCCGUCAUGUUUAGAGCUGAAGGAGUCUUCAUAGCCCAGGCUGUCCUGGGUAUUGCAGGAUGCUGAUUGAACAGCACCUGUGACCUUUCCUGCUCCAUGCCACUAGCAACCUCCUGCCAUGUGUGGCAGUCACAAAGGUCAUCAGAAUGGAGUGAGUGCUCCCUGGGAAGGCAGGCAGGACCUUCAACCAUUGGACCAAGAAGUCAUUGCUUAUGGGUCUCAGGGGCCAUCAAACUGUCUACCUGAUGCUGUGGUUUCUGCUUAGAGAUCUGGAGGAGGGCAGCGGAGCCUGCCUCGGUUCAGUGAUGGUUUUUCUUACCUGCUUCAAGCCGAGAUCUGAAAGCUUUGUGGAAGAUGAUCAAGCAAAGCUCCCAAGCCAAAGGGUAGCAGAGGGUGGCUACGUGGUUUUUAGGUAGAUGUUCCCAGGUGCCCUCUCUUGAGCUGGGUCUGAGGUUAUCCCUGUCCCCAUGCCCCCUCUGUGCCCCGAGCUCUGUCUCCCCACUCUUGCUGUUGUGUUGUCCUUGUGAAUGUAUGGCUGACCCACUCCAGGCCAAGCAGCUUAACAGCAGGCUUGCUGUUAAGUCCCAAGUCCGUCAUGGGGUCAGGUUACACCCAGAGGUGUUUUCACUGUGGGGUUCCAGGGAGGCUGGGGAGAAUGGGCAGAGCCCAGGGUUCCAUCUCACCACCUAUAAGUUGUCAGAAACUCGGAUGCCCCUCCACCCACCUCUGGCAUCUCUAUGCUGCUAAUCUCUGCCACGUGUCCCGUGUGCUCCAGUGCCCGUGCCCGUCACCGCCCCUCCACGCCCUCCGUGAGGUUGUCCAGGCUGUGUUCUCUCGCAUGCUUCUCUUCUAUAUAACCCUCAUCUUCUCAUUUUAUGGGAUUCAACACAAAGUCUACUUAUGCUUCUUUGCAUUAUGGUUAAACAAUUAAAAAAAAAAAAAGGACUCA